CCAUUUCGCAUUCAUUUACGAACGUUGGAGGAGCUUCUUCGUGUGAGUCUGUUCCUGGUCAGUCUGUACGUCUGUUUCGCUCGAUUACAGUGGUGAAAGAGGAGACAAAUAAAAUCUAAUACAAACGAAGAGAGUUUCGUACUGUUUGAAGGAGCACUGUGCAGCGAGGAUAACGGCGAUCAUCGUUACGUGAUUGAGCGUGUUAUGCAUGAUACUGCAUAUUGACGUUACACGACAUAGCGGAUUGCACGAGUCGGAAUGCAGUUGUCGAGAUAGAUCGGAAUAGGUGGGAACAAGUUGCAACCGGCCGAAAGAGGGAAGAACGGUGGGAGCUUACGCGGACGUGUGAGAUUCAGCUGUAACAGACACACGGCAACAGCGUGCCGGCAUCGUACAUUGAUCUACGCGAGGACGGAGAUUGGUUAUUGAAAAAAUGGCGGCCGAGGCUCCGAUGCUAAAUAAGAACCGAAUGAUGGUGUUUAAGAACAAAGGCAAGGAUCAAGAGGAGAUGAGAAGAAGACGCAAUGAAGUGACUGUAGAAUUACGUAAAAAUAAGCGUGAAGAGACUUUACAAAAACGAAGAAAUGUGCCUAUCACAGAUUCAACAGAUGAAGAUGAUAUUGAUAAACAUCUUGCAAAAAUCAGUUUGGAAGAAUUAGUAGCAAAGGCUGCUAGUUCAGAUCCAACAGAACAAUUACAAGCUGUACAAUCAGCAAGAAAAUUAUUGUCAUCAGAUCGUAAUCCACCUAUUGAUCCCUUGAUAGAGAGUGGUAUUUUACCAAUUUUAGUUGGAUGUCUGGAACAGCAUAACAGCCCAUCUUUACAAUUUGAAGCAGCCUGGGCUUUAACAAAUAUUGCAAGUGGAACUUCAGCCCAAACGCAAGCUGUGGUAGCAGCUGGUGCUGUACCGCUGUUUUUACAUUUGUUGCUUUCAAGUCAGCAGAACGUCUGUGAGCAGGCAGUAUGGGCCCUAGGUAACAUUAUAGGAGAUGGCCCAGUACCAAGAGAUUAUGUCAUUAAUCUUGGUGUUGUGCAGCCAUUGCUAACGUUUAUUAAACCAGAUAUACCUAUUACAUUUUUACGUAAUGUUACCUGGGUCAUUGUAAACUUAUGUAGGAAUAAAGACCCACCACCACCAGUUCAAACUAUAAAGGACAUUUUGCCUGCCCUAAAUGCGCUUAUUCAUCAUCAAGAUAUCAAUAUUCUUGUUGAUACAGUAUGGGCAUUGAGCUAUCUCACCGACGGUGGUAACGAGCAAAUUCAAAUGGUCAUUGAUAGUGGAGUUGUACCUCGUUUAAUACCGCUCCUCUCGCACAAAGAAGUCAAGGUGCAAACUGCUGCGCUCAGAGCAGUUGGCAAUAUCGUGACUGGCACAGAUGAACAAACGCAGACCGUUUUAAACUGUGAUGCACUUUCGCAUUUUCCUAAUUUAUUGACUCACCCCAAGGAAAAAAUAUGCAAGGAAGCAGUAUGGUUCCUCUCGAACAUCACGGCUGGCAAUCAAUCGCAAGUUCAAGCUGUUAUAGACGCUGCGUUAUUACCACUUAUUAUUCGUAAUUUAGCAAAGGGAGAAUUUCAAACACAGAAAGAAGCUGCAUGGGCAAUUAGCAAUCUUACAGUAAGUGGUAAUAGAGAUCAAGUUGCACGGCUCAUACAAGAAGGCGUAAUCGGUCCCUUUUGCGAUCUUCUGUCGUGUAAAGAUACUCAAGUUGUACAGGUGGUGUUAGAUGGAAUACAUAAUAUGCUUAAACUUGCGGGUCAACAGGUUGAGCAAUUGGCAAAUAUGAUCGAGGAGUGCGCCGGUUUGGAUAAGAUUGAAUCACUGCAAAAUCAUGAAAAUGUAGAUAUCUACAAGUUAGCUUACGAUAUCAUCGAGCAAUACUUUUCGGAGGAGGCUGACGAUACGAAUUUGGCACCACAAGUCGGAGAAGGAGCUUUCGAAUUUGAUCAGACGACGAGUAUUCCGAGCGAAGGUUUUAAAUUCUGAGAGGGCCUCCAUUACUUCUUAUCCGAUCGUGCCGUCCCCCGACGAACUCCAAUGUGGAGCCAUUCUGCUUUCCCUUUGCUAUUUCUACAUCCACCUUUUGCUCCAGUAAAAGCAUAGCAAUAUGACUUCAUCUGUCUUGCGAAUUACUACUGUAAUAAACGAUUAUUAUUAUUAUAGUAAUAAUACGGAGGAUUAUAUUAUUGCUUUUGCUGAUCUAAAACAUACAGCGUGACUUAUCGAUUUUUUCAUAUUCGGGAUAUAAGAAUGGAGUUUAAAAAGUCUAUUACGAAACGAAGAAUCCGUAACCAAACACAUCUGUGUAUUUUGAUUUCUAUUUUUCUUUCCGACUUUCUCCAUAUAAUGUGUAUGUUAUACUUUUUUUUUUAUUAUACAUGAUAAAUGUAUUAGUGAAGUUUUUAGUCAAACGCAGUUGCAGAACAUAACAUGUGCGCGCGUGUGUGCAGAUAAAUUAUUCUAGUAAAAUUAAUUAGCUGCUCUGCAUGGAUUGAAACGCGAAACGAAACAGAAGGAUCUUUCUAAUUGCUUGAUCUUGUUGCUCUCCACUCUAACUCAGGAUGAGUCUUGGUUAGCGCGCGAUAUUACUUUUAUAAAAUAAUUCGUGUAUAUUUUUUAGGCAUGUUAAAUUUAUAAUGAUAUUGAUUACUAAAUAAAAAAUCAAUUGACUACUCUUUACUAGCAUAAUUGAUAAUUGUGGACAUUCUGUAAGGAGCCAGACAACCAAUAAAAUACCAACGGAAACUCGACAAGACUUUAACUAUCAGUAGGUAGUUUUAUUUCGACGUAAUGAUAAUUUAUAUUAUAUGUAAGACGGAAUAUAUAUUACACGAGAUUAAAAAAUCGAAUGUGCCUGCGGUA